AGCGAUUACUCAAGUGAUACCGAAAGUGAAGACAAUUUCCUGAUGAUGCCACCAAGAGAUCAUCUUGGCCUCACUGUGUUCUCCAUGCUCUGCUGCUUCUGGCCAUUGGGAAUUGCUGCCUUUUACCUGUCUCAUGAGACAAACAAAGCAGUAGCCAAGGGGGACUUCCACCAUGCAAGCUCCAGCUCCCGGCGAGCACUCUUCCUGGCUGUCCUGUCCAUCACAAUCGGAACUGGCAUCUACGUUGGGGUGGCAGUGGCUCUUAUUGCCUAUCUGUCCAAAAAUAAUCAUUUAUGA